AUGCGAGAAAUUGUUCUCAUCCAGGCAGGACAGUGCGGAAACCAGGUUGGAGCGAAAUUCUGGGAAGUUAUCUCUGACGAACAUGGCAUUGAACCAACUGGCAGCUACCAUGGAGACUCUGACCUGCAGCUCCAGCGCCUGAACGUCUACUAUAAAGAGGCUCCUGAAGGCAAAUAUGUGCCGCGUGCGAUCUUGGUUGACCUCGAGCCUGGCACCAUGGACUCCGUGCGGUCCGGUCGAUUUGGGCAGCUUUUCAGACCCGACAACUUCGUCUUUGGCCAGAAUGGUGCCGGAAAUAACUGGGCGAAGGGCCACUACACUGAAGGUGCCGAGCUCCUGGACUCUGUGCUGGACGUUGUCCGGAAGGAGGCGGAGGGUUGCGAUUGCCUGCAGGGAUUCCAGUUGACGCACUCGCUUGGUGGCGGCACCGGCUCUGGUAUGGGCACCUUGCUCAUCUCUAAGAUCCGCGAGGAGUACCCCGAUCGAAUAAUGAACACCUUCUCGAUCGUCCCCUCGCCCAAGGUGUCGGACACCGUCGUUGAGCCGUACAACGCGACCCUCGCCGUUCACCAGCUCAUCGACAACACAGACGAGACCAUCUGCAUUGACAAUGAGGCCCUGUACGACAUAUGCUUCCGCACGCUGAAGCUCACCACGCCCACGUACGGAGACCUAAACCACCUCGUGUCUGCAACCAUGUCCGGUGUCACUACUUGCCUCAGGUUCCCAGGGCAGCUGAAUGGCGAUCUGCGCAAGCUGGCAGUCAACAUGAUCCCAUUCCCCCGUCUGCAUUUCUUCAUGUCCGGCUUCGCCCCUCUCACCGCUCGGGGCUCUCAGCAGCACCGUGCCCUGACCGUACGCGAGCUGACACAACAAAUGUUCGACGCUAAGAACAUGAUGACAGCAUGUGACCCAAGGCAUGGACGCUACUUGACGGCAGCGGCCAUCUUCCGUGGUCGCAUGAGCAUGCGAGAGGUAGAUGAGCAGAUGCUCAAUGUUCAGAAAAGCUCCCUCUACUUCGUCGAGUGGAUCCCGAACAACGUCAAGACGGCCGUGUGCGACAUUCCUCCUCGCGGGCUCAAGAUGUCCGCCACAUUCAUCGGAAACAGCACUGCCAUCCAAGAGCUCUUCAAGCGAAUCUCUGAACAAUUCACAGCCAUGUUCCGCCGAAAGGCUUUCCUCCAUUGGUACACGGGCGAGGGCAUGGACGAGAUGGAGUUCACAGAGGCAGAGUACAACAUGGACGUACUGAUCUCAGAGUACCAGCAUUACCAGGGGGCCACUGCAGAUGAGGAGGGAGUGUUCGAGUACGAACCAGAGGCCGAUGCCGAGGCUUAG